AUGUCGAAUAAGUCAACAAGAAUCAAAGCAGGGUUAAUAUCAAAUAUCAGAACAAAACUUGCUGCAAAUCUUGAUAUUGAUGAAAUUGCAAUCAGUGGUAGAGAUUGGCCUGAUGGUGAAGAAAUAACUGGUGAAAUCGGUGAAGCUGAUGAUGAAGAAGAUGUAAGCGUAGAUUUUGUAGUACCAACAAAAGGUCAAUCAGUUCCACUAGCUUGGGCACAAAAUUUCAAAUUAUCAAUUGAUCAUAUGUAA